AUGCCGUUAGAUCUUCAGAAACAAUUAAAAAAUCAUUUUUUAAUUGGUUUUGUUCUAUUUGAAGCAAGUUUUAAUGAUUUUAUUAAACCUGUGCUUCAAAAAAUCAAAAGAUUAGAAAAUGGUCUUGUUAUUGAAACUUUAAUUAAAGAUGCAUGGGUUGUAGGUAGAGUCGGAUAUAUCACUGCUGAUCUGCCACAAGGAAAUAACCUGGCAG